UAUCUCUACUAUAAACAUUCAACCAGAAGGAUUGUAAUCUGUAAUUUAGUCUUGCUGUUUAUAGAUAUUCACAUAUAAAAAAAAUGGCUGAUAAAAUAGUUCUUGUUGAAAGUUACCUGAACUGUCACGUUUGUUCAGAGACGUUCAGAGAUCCUGUGUCUCUGAGCUGCAACCACAGCUUCUGUUCAAGCUGCCUGGAAAUAUUCUGGAAACAAGCUGGAAACAAAAACUGUCCCCUUUGUAAAAGGAAAUCCUCAAAAGAAGAUCCAAAUGUGAACUUUGUACUGAAGGAACUGGCUGACUCCUUUGCUGAGAGGCAGAAUAAAGCUUCACCUGAGACGGAACAAGAGAAGGAGAAAGAGGAGGUCGUGUGUGAGAAACAUCCAGAAGUCCCUUGUUGGUUCUGUGAGGACGAGCAGAAAGCUGUGUGUCCCGUCUGUGAGUUUUCUCUCCACCAGAGUCACAAGGUGGUUCCUCUAGAACAAGCAGUCAGUGACCUGAAGGACCAGCUGAGAUCUGACUUGGAGUCUCUGCAGGACAAGAGGGACAAACACAAACAAGUGGAGGAAACAUACCAGGAAGUGAUUCAACACUCCAAGGAGCAGCUGUUGUCCACAGAGAGGCAGAUCAGAGCAGAGUUCAACAAGCUCCACCAGUUCCUGAAAGAGGAAGAGGAGUCCAGACUGGCAGCUCUGAGGGAGGAAGAGGAGCAGAAGAGGAAGACCAUCAGCAGAGAGAUGGAGAUGAUUCAGGAGCAGAUCUCCUCUCUGUCAGACAGCAUCUCUGCUGUUGAAGAAGACCUGCAGAAACACAACGUGUCCUUCCUCAGCAGUUAUAAACCCACUCAGACCAGAGCCAGAGUCCAGAGCUCACGGUCAGAUCCACAGCUGGUCUCAGGAGCGCUGAUAGAUGUGGCCAAACACCUGGGCAACCUGUCCUUCAGAGUCUGGGAGAAGAUGAAGGACAAGGUCCACUUCAGUCCUGUCAUUCUGGACCCAAACACUGCACAUCCCUUUCUCCAUCUGUCUGAUGAUCUGACCAGUGUGAGAUGUGGAGACACAAACCAGAAGCUUCCUGACAAUCCAGAAAGAUUCACUAAGUGUACAGAUGUUCUGGGAUCUGAGGGCUUCAGCUCAGGGAAACACAGCUGGGAUGUGGAGGUGGGAGACCAUCCUUUCUGGUUGGUAGGUUUGGUUAAAGAGUCAGUUGACAGGAAGGGAAAGAUGGGUGUUUCUCCAGAAGAUGGAUUCUGGUGUUUAAUUCAUGACAGUGGAAAAUACACUAAUGGAGCUGGUCAGACUGUCAGAGUGAAGAAGAGUCUCCAGAGGAUCAGAGUCCAGCUGGACUAUGACAUGGGGAAGGUGUCCUUCUAUGACCCUGAAGACAUGACUCACAUCUCCACUCUCAGAGACACUUUCACUGAGGAACUCUUCCCAUAUUUUAAUAUUGGAAAGGCUGGUGAUGCUAAAACUGCUGAAAUCAAAAUCUGUCAACCUGAUAUUUCUCUGUGAUGUUCAUGGAGGGUCGAAGUGAUUUAUUAGUAUUAUUAUCACGGAGGUGUUUGUUGUUGUUAUUGUUGAUUACAGACAAUUGAGGUAGGAAUCAUAAUGAUAAAACAAUGUUCAGAUCAAGGUUAAAGAAAAAAUAAGAUUUGAUCUCUUUCGGCAAAUGAACUGAAGAGACACAUUCGUUGGUUGUUGUAUAAUAUAAAUAUGUUUUCAAAGCACAGGAUGAGGAACUAAAGCAUAAAUAGGCAGAACUGUGUUUGUGAGGCUUUAUGUUCUAAAUGGUGUUUGUGGUGUAAAUAUCCUUCAAGAACAGGCGAGUAGAUUUACUGUGAUCAUUUUAUUUAAUUUCUUUCUCAAUGAGCAACAAGCUUAAGUUUGCAUUAAAGAGGCUGUGACUUUAAAUCACGUAACCACAGACAGCCUCAUCUCACCUUGUUCAUCUUUGACAUUAAACAAUGACUUCAUUGUGUUUCAUAGUAAACUGGUUACUUUCAUAACUAUAUGGUGUGCUUCCUUCACUUGUGAUGAUAUGAUGCAGAAUAAUGUUACAUUCAUUUAAUAUCUUUUUGAACACAUAUUUUCAGUCAAUAUAUCCAAAUAUACAUUUGAUGCUGUUGAUGUUCAGGUAUAGUUGUGUUCUGUUUUGUUCCACAAGGUGGAGACAAAGUUCACAUUUUGGCUUUAGGCUGGUGAGAGUUUUGAUAAUUUUAGUUCCACUACCUGACACUUUUAAAAAAAAAACAUAUUAUUGUUUUCUGCACAGUUUCACAAACCUUACCUUUGUUCAGGGUCCGGUAUAAAAUGUCUCUGUUUCUGCUCCUUCAGAAGGUUCCUAGCUGUCCCUCUGGGUAUAAUCACAAGUGACUGUGCCUCUUGUUAAGACGCUUCAUUUUGCAACUGUUUAUUUAAUUAUCUCAGAAAUCAGAUUCAUCACUUGCCUGUUUUUUGUGUGUAACUGUAGCAUCUUAAUUUAAAUUCAGAUGUUGUGUAUCCAGAUUGCUACUAAAUAAAAUACAUUAUUCUCA